GACUGUGAUGUUCUUAUGUUCAGGAUGGAUUUUGGGCAGACCAUUCUUGUGAAAAGAAAAUUGGCUACAUCUGUAAAAGGAAACCCAUGUCAGAAGCUCCUACAGAAGAGGAAACUAUUGACAUGGGCUGCCAGAGAGGUUGGAAAAGACAUGGUUUUUAUUGUUACUUCAUUGGAAAUACAUUUGUAUCAUUUUCUCAAGCAAAUCAAACCUGUGGAAGGUAUCAGGCCUUUUUAGCAACUAUUGAAGACAGAUACGAACAAGCCUAUCUGACUAGCCUGGUUGGGCUGAGAACAGAAAGAUACUUUUGGAUUGGACUUUCAGAUGUAGAAGAACAGGGAACGUUCAAGUGGGCUAGUGGCAAACCUGUCUUAUUUACACACUGGAAUUCCGAAAUGCCCGGAAGAAAGCCAGGCUGCGUUGCCAUGAGGACUGGAAUUGCAGGUGGAUUAUGGGAUGUAAUAAAAUGUGAUGAAAAGGCGAAGUUCCUAUGCAAAGUGUGGGCAGAGGGAGUGACAAUUCCACCUGUUCCUACAACAACUCCUAUUCCUCGGUGUCCAGAAGGUUGGGACUCAAACAGUCGUAUUAGCUUCUGUUUCAAACCUUUUUCAAGAGGAGAGCAUAAGAAAACAUGGCUUGAAUCUCAAGAGUUUUGCCGAGCUAUAGGAGGAGAUCUGGCCUCCAUUAAUGGUAAAGAAGAACAGUAUGUGAUAUGGCAUUCUAUUGCGAACAAUGGCUAUUACCACCAACAUUUUUGGAUGGGCUUAUAUUACUUGAAUCCUGAUGAUGGCUUUGUUUGGAGUGAUGGAUCUCCAGUGCGGUAUGAAAACUGGGGCUUUGGAGAACCCAAUAAUUAUCAAGGAAUUGAACUUUGUGCAGAGAUCAGUGGCGAUUCCAGCAUGCUUUGGAAUGACAGGCAUUGUGAUUAUCUAUAUGGAUGGAUUUGUCAGAUAAGAAAAGGAGCAAGUUUAAAGCCUGAACCAACAGAAUCUCCUGCACCCAAAUACAAGACUACUGAGGAUGGAUGGAUUAUGUAUGAAGACAAACAAUAUUAUUUCAGCACGGAUAGUGUUCCUAUGGAAAAAGGUCGGGAAUUCUGCAAAAGGAACUUUGGAGACCUUGCUGUCAUUGAGAGUGAAAGUGAAAGAAAGUUCCUCUGGAGAUAUAUCUUGAAAAAUGGCAAAGAGGAUUCAUAUUUCAUUGGUUUACAACUGAGUGUUGACCAACGGGCAAGCUGGAUGGACGGCACUCCAGUGAAUUAUUUGGCAUGGGCACCACAUGAACCUAACUUUGCAAAUAAUGAUGAAAACUGUGUAGUUAUGUAUAAGAAUUUAGGAUUUUGGAAUGAUAUAAACUGUGGUUAUCCAAAUCCCUACAUAUGUGAAAGGCACAACAGUUCCAUUAAUUCAACUGUUGCUCCAACAACAUUUGCAACUCCAAGAGGAUGUCAUCCAACUUGGCUUUCCUUUCAUAAUAAGUGUUACAAAAUAUUUGGAUCUACAGAAGAUGAACGUGUCACUUGGCAUGCUGCACGAACAGCUUGCAUGAAUUUAGGAGGAAACCUGGCCACUAUCGCUAAUGAACAAGUGCAAGCUUUCCUCACCUUCCAUAUGAAAGAUUUUGUUACUGAUACAUGGAUUGGAUUAAAUGAUAUAAACCAUGAACUGAGGUUCCUGUGGACAGAUGGAACAGGAGUUUACUUUACAAACUGGGCCAAAGGCUUCCCAUCAGGACAUAUGGAUUUAUACUCAUAUAAUGGCCAGGCUGAUUGUGUUGUCAUGAGAAACAGUCCUGUUAAGGAAGCAGGGAAGUGGGCCGAUGAGAGUUGUGAUAACAACAGAGGAUAUAUAUGCCAAAUUAAUGCAGAUGCAGAGUUUCAGCCUUCCACAAGUUCAUCCCCAUCCAGCAUUAUCCGUUAUGGUAACAGUAGUUAUUUGUUCAUCCACACCAAAAUGAAAUGGGAGGAUGCACGAAAAAAUUGCAAACAUGAUCAGUUUGAGCUUUCCAGCAUCUUAGACCCCUACAGUCAUUCAUUCCUGUGGCUAAAGAUAUUAAAGUAUGGGGUGCCUAUAUGGAUUGGUCUUAACAGUAAUGUGACCAAUGGGCGUUAUGAAUGGAUUGAUAACUGGAGAAUGAAGUAUACUAAAUGGGCGGAAGGGGAGCCAAAGCAGAAAAUAGGCUGUGGCUAUCUAGACAUUGCUGGAGCCUGGAAGACAGGAUCCUGCAAUGAAAGUUACUUUUCUGUUUGCAAAAAACCUGAUGUUCAAGCUCCCACCGAGCCCCCUCAGCUUCCAGGAAAGUGCCCUGAAUCAGAAGGACACAAGUCUUGGAUCCCUUUCCGAGGUCAUUGCUAUUACAUUGAAUCUUCAUCUACUAGAAACUGGGCCCAGGCAUCUUUAGAAUGUCUUCGACUAGGUGCUUCUUUGGUAUCGAUUGAAGACUCAGCUGAAGCCAACUUUCUGGCAAACACCAUUGAACCACUUGAAGGGAAAACAUCAACUUUUUGGACAGGAAUGUACAGAAAUGUGGAUGGAGAAUGGCUGUGGCUAGACAACACUGUAGUGAAUUUUGUCAACUGGAAUGUAGGAGAACCUUCCCCUCAACAAAACGAGCACUGUGUUGAAAUGUAUGCAAACUCUGGCUACUGGAAUAAUAUCUAUUGCUCUUCCUACAAAGGCUAUGUUUGUAAAAAGCCAAAAACAACUGAAAUGCCACCAGCAGCUGAAAUGCCACCAACUGAAAUGCCUACAAAGGCAAUGACAAAGGAUGAAAAAGCUUCCACUCUGAACCACGGUAAAACAGGAGUUCUAGUUAUUGUUGUCAUCCUCAUCCUGGUUGGAAGCGCCCUUGCAGGCUAUUUCUUCUACAAAAGAAGAAAGAAUCGCUUGUCAACAAAUGACAGCUUUGAGAACAAUUUGUAUUUUAAUAGUGAUGCAGUUCCUGGAACUAGUGACACAAAGGAUCUUGUGACCAACAUAGAACGUAAUGAACAUGCGACACUGUAAUGUAAUAAAAUGAAAUGUAGUGUAAUAUGCAAUGUAAAAUGUAAUGUAAUAAAAUAAAAUGUGCCUUCUGUUAAUAAAAAUAUG